UUACUGACUAGGCCAAGCGCUCCCCUUUCAGCCCUUCUCGUACCCUGAUUCAGGCGUUCUCCUCAUUCCCGAUUCCCCCAGCCCGAACCCCUAUUCACUCACAGUCAGUCGAAAUUAAAAUCCCUAAGGAAUCGUCGAAUUCCGUUAAUCUCUUUCUCGUCGACCUGUCAAUCUCUUUCCCGUUGAUCUGUUGAACUUCAUCCUCGUUCUUUCUUCUCAAAAUGGCCAACACCACCACCAACAACCUCAGCGACAACUGCGAUCACAAGGAGUCGAGUCCUCUCUUGGACAAAAGCAUCGAAGAACAUAACAAGAAACCCACGACGAUUUCCGGCACCAAAGUUGCCGCAUCUCCUAUGGAAAAGGAGAAAUCCGCAGCGCUGGAAUUGGGCCGCUCUGAAUAUGUGUGGACCGCUAAUGGAUUACCAUUGAAUCACGGUAGCGUUGUAGGUGAGCCCAUGGGUCGGGCUCAAUGGGACUCCAGUAGCAGCGAUCAUGAAGUUUCGGUUUAUCAAUUCAACAAUUUCAUCAUUCAAUUAAAUUAAUUUAUAAUGGAUCGCUCAUAAUUGGACAAGGAUUACCUCAUCUGCAAUUUUGGGAAGAGAUUGUUACUAAGAAUUGUUUGAAAUGGCCGCGAUCACAUGUUUGCUUGAUCUAGAGCUUGUUGGUGAUUAAAAGUAUGUGCUUAUGCUGUAUAUAGGUAUUAAUACCUAGCUGCAAGCUUCUUCUUUUUUUGUUUUUAAGAGAUUAGCAACUUCUUGUGUCUUAUGUCAUGUUUUUAAUUAUGCACCUUUUGGUUAUGAUGGGAUAAAAUGGAAGACAAGUAAGUAGUUUUUGAAAAUUGAAUAUGUUAAACAUUAUAUGACCCUUUGCAAUUGAAUGAAUUGAUUUCAUAGUGUUUGGGGUGGAUAUGAUCGUCGGAUAGGAAGUUUCAUGCUGAAUAUAUCAGAGGAAGAGGAGGAUUGACAGAUAGAUGUGUUUAAUAUUAAUAACAUGCAAUGCUUCUAGGUCAUCAUAUUGCAAAUUGAUCCUGUCGCAUUUGCUUGAUACUCUCAUUGUCUGUUUUAAUGAAAAAUAAUCCAUGUUCUAAGUAGUACCUCCAUUUUGCUACAGCAAUUGUAAUUGCUAGUUGUUCCCUCUCAUAGACAGAUAGGCCUUUUAUCCUUAGUCCAAAAUCCUUGAAAAUGAAUGCUAUGGGAUGUCCCUCCUGUUGCAACAUUAUUCCCAUACCAGUCCCACUAGCAUCUGUUUCCACAACGAAGAGUUUAAUGAAGUAUGAAAGCCUUAAAACAGGUGCAUUAGACAUAGC